GGCAUGUGUCGGUGUGUCGUGUCCGAUAAAACACGUGUGUCGUGCCGCUGAUAAACGAAGUGAAUAACUUCGCAGUCUUUUAAAAAAGAGAAAUAGGUUUAAGGUUUUUAUUUGACGUUUAUUGAGAGGUAAUACGCAGAAUGGCGCCGGCUUCGAAAAAGCACAGAAAGAAGAAGCCAAGCUUCCGCAAGCUGCUGAAAACAAGCAACGUGAAGCUUGAAAACAAGCUGAAGAAUCGGCAGUUCAAGCAGCAAAGCACCGCGAAGAAACAGCGCAAGGAGCAGAGGAAGCUGCGGCAGGCCAUCAGCGAUGUGUCCCACCAGACUCUCAGACCUCUGGAGCGCUACAAGAAGAAACCAGAAGAGGAGGAGGAUGAAGAAGAGUUUCUGGAGACGCUGCCAACAGACAUGAUGGAUGAGGAUGACCUGGAGCAGAUUAGAGCGAUGGCCCAGAAAGCUUCCUUUAUCACAAGAGACCUCUCCUCCUGUGCUCCUGUUCACUCCAAGAAACGCAAGUCAGACCAGCCUGUGGAAAAGUAUGAGAAGAUGCCUAGAAAGAUGAAGCAAGAGGAGGAGAAGGAGCUUAUUCAUUUACUGCCAAUAAAAGACAAGAGUGGCCUUAUCCCUCAGACCAUGGAGAAGCCAGUGGUACAGAAAGCAGAUGAGGAGAAUGAAGAGGAAGAUGUGAAGUACCAGGAUGAGUCAGGAGAAGCAGUGGAAGAAUGUAAGAAUUUCUUGACCCUGACUCCUGAAGAACAUCUUGAGCUUCGCUCCCAGAAGCUGAUGGAGAGGAAAUUGCAAAUCGCUGCUUUAGGGUCAGCCAUCCUGGCAGAUCCAAAUUCCAAUAUUAAGAAGCUGAAGGAGUUGAGGACCCUGCUGAUGGAGACGGACCCUUCUGUGGCAGUCACAGUCCGGAAGCUGGUCAUGGUCUCGCUGGUGGAGAUCUUCAAGGACAUAGUGCCAUCGUACAGGAUUCGGCCGCUGACCGAAGCAGAAAGGGCUGUUAAGGUUAAAAAGGAAACACAGCAGCUAAGAGAGUUUGAGGAGGGACUCGUAAGCCAAUAUAAGUUCUAUUUGGAGAACUUGGAGCAGACAGUCAGAGACUGGAAGCAGAAGAAACAUAAAGGCAGCCAGGCCGUAUCUCUUGCCUGCUAUAAGGGCCUGGCUGAAGUGGCCAUCAGAUGUUUGUGUGAACUCUUGGUGGCGCUCCCGCACUUUAACUUCCACAACAAUGUCGUAGUUGUUGUGGUGUCUUUGAUGAAUGAACCUCUUAAGACGGUAUCCGAGAUGUGCUGUGAGGCAGUCAGGAAGCUACUGAAGCAGGACAAACUGGGCCAGGCUUCACUUGCCACAGUGAGGGUGAUCUCGGGACUCGUCAAGAGCAGGAAUUAUAACAUUAAACCAGCGGUACUCAAAACCUUGCUUUGCCUGAGAAUAAAAGAAGUGGAGGUGAAGAAGGACACGGAACAGUUGACCCCUAAGCAGCAGUUCAUGAACUUCAAAGAUAAGAAGAAAAAUCUGUCCAGGAUGCAACGGAAGUGGAAGAAGGCUGAAGAAACGCUCCAAAAGGAGCUGCUUGAAGCAGAGGCGUCUGAGAGCAAGGACAAGAAGCUCAAACUGCACACAGAGACACUUAACAUAGUGUUCCUUAUAUACUUCAGAAUAUUGAAGAAAGCCCAGAAAUCCACCUUGCUCCCUUCUGUUUUAGAAGGCCUUGCAAAGUUUGCUCAUCUGAUAAAUCUGGAGUUCUUUGACGAUCUGCUGACAGUUCUCCAUAGCUUAAUUAUGUCUGGCGAUCUGACUCACAGAGAGAGUCUUCACUGCGUUCUCACAGCCUUCCACAUUCUCUCAGGUCAAGGUGAUGUCCUCAAUAUUGACCCACUGAAAUUCUACACCCACUUGUACAAAACUCUGCUUACUCUGCAUGCAGGUGCAUCAAAUGAAGACACGGCCAUUAUGCUGCAGUGUCUGGACAUAAUGCUGACCAAGCGGCGGAAGCAGAUCACUCUACACAGGGCGCUGGCCUUUGUCAAGAGGCUGAGUACACUCGCGCUGCAUGUGAUGCCCGACUCCUGCAUAGGAAUUCUUGCAGCCAUCAGGACGCUAGUGCACACUUUCCCCAAGUGUGACAUCCUUUUGGAUAACGACAUGCAAGGGAGUGGUGUGUACCUGCCUGAGCUGGACGAGCCAGAGUACUGUAAUCCCCAGAACACCUGCCAGUGGGAGCUGCACACACUCAAGAGACACUACAACCCCAUGGUGAGAAAAUACACCGCUCAUCUGUUGGCUGGAGCGCCCAGCGAGGGCUCAGGAGCGCUUGCUGUAGAAUUGAGUAGAAGAGCACCUGGGCAGCUGUUUGAAGAUUACAGGCAGAAAGAUAUGACGUUUAACCCACCAGUGGCAGGACCACCAUGCAGAAAGAAGGAACAUUUCACAAUCGGUUCUGCGUUUCUCGAUUCUAAUUUGAAAGAACAAGCUGACGCAGCUCUUCAGGUGGAGAAAACCCAAGACUCACUCGACUUUUACACACACUUUACACACAAGUGACCUUCCUGUGUGGCUGUAAAAUUGGAGGGGGGUGUUUUAUAUCAAUGUGUACGAUAUAAAUUAGUAAUUUUUCUAUUGCUUUCCUGUUCUGACCUGUACAAGUAUUAAAAACAAAUAUCAUUUUGAUUUUUUUAAGUGUA